AUGGCUCCGGGAGAGAAGGGAAGAGCGGACGCGCCAGCCGAGAGAAAAGGGGGCGCCCUGCGGAAGGUGCGCACAGCCGCCCUGGUCAUCAGCUUGGCCCGAGGGUGGCAGCAGUGGGCGAAUGCGAACAGCACCCGACAGGCCCAGGAGCCUGCAGGCUGGCAGCCCGGGGGGACCCAGGACCCACUGCAGCCUCCUAAACCUAUAAUCCACCCCACGCCCCACCCAAAAGCCUGGGGGGCCCCGAAGUCUCCAUCCCAAACGCCAGACACCUAUGGCAAUGGGCAAGGCUCCGAGGAAGCCACCGAGGCCUCCCAUAUCAAAAGGAAAGAGGUGACCAAAACAGUUGUCAGCAAGGCUUAUGAGAGAGGAGGGGACGUGAGCCACCUCAGCCAUCGGUACGAGAAGGACGGUGGCGUCCCUGAACCUGAGCAGCCGGAGAGCGACAUCGACCGAAUCCUCCACAGCCAUGGCUCCCCGACGCGGAGGAGAAAAUGUGCCACCCUGGUGUCGGGGCUGACCAAAGGCUGGAAAGCGAUGGCACAGGAGGAGCCCACGUGGAGGAGCGACAGCGUAGACACGGAGGACAGCGGCUACGGCGGGGAGGCCGAGGACAGGCCCCAGCAGGACGGACUGCAGGGGGCCGCCGCCAGGAUCAGACGCCCCUGGGCCUCCCAGGCAAACAGAUUUACCGAGAAACUCAACUGUAAGGCCCAACGAAAAUGCAGCCAAGUGAACAACUUGAAAGGCAGAUGGCAACAGUGGGCUGAUGAACACAUACAAUCUCAGAAGCUCAAUCCUUUCAGUGAAGAAUUUGAUUAUCAGCUGGCCAUGUCCACCCGCCUACACAAAGGUGAUGAUGGCUACGGCCGUCCCAAGGAGGGAACCAAAACUGCUGAAAGAGCCAAGCGAGCUGAGGAGCACAUCUACAGAGAAAUCAUGGACAUGUGCUUCAUUAUCCGCACAAUGGCUCUCCACAGGAGAGAUGGCAAGAUCCAGGUUACUUUUGGAGAUCUCUUUGAUAGAUAUGUUCGUAUUUCAGAUAAAGUUGUGGGCAUUCUCAUGCGUGCCAGAAAACAUGGACUGGUGGACUUUGAAGGAGAGAUGUUAUGGCAAGGCCGAGAUGACCACGUUGUGAUUACUCUACUUGAGUGAAUCUUCAAC